AUGGCUUGGACCAUUGAUACCCCCCGAGUCGACGGCAAGGACAAGCCAUCUGGCUAUGAUAGCAACUCCCUCAUCGCAAUUAUCCGUACUUCCCAGUGUAUCGCUGCUAUCCUUUUAAUUAUACUUUAUAUCAGCACAUCCUCGUCUCCUUCUUUCUGGUUGACCAUCCUUUCGAGCUGCGCAGCUGCAACAUCGAUAUUCUGGAGCAUCUUGGCGAUGCUCUUGAGACAUCGCUGGUCGAUAUUUACUGUAGUGCCUGAGGUUUUGAUCACAAUCGCAUGGAUCGUAUUAUUCGCAGUCAACUAUGUCACAGCACCACCGGAAUCCAAGGACACAACAUUCCAUUUAGCGACAGAAGCUAUGGAAGCUUCCAUGACCCUUUGGAUACCAACCUGUCUGUUAGCAGUGACACCCUAUUUUCACAGGAUGAUGCCCAGGGCUUUUGGUAUUAAGAAGCCAAAAAACCCGGGAUCUUCCGGUAGCUUUUGGAUGGAUGGAGAUGCAGGGCUGACAUUACCGGGGACUGCGAUCACCACGCGCGGAAAAUCCAGUGUCCUUCCACCAACACGAGCAGGACCUAUGCCGUCGGAUAUAGAGUUGGAUGCCUACCUCGCAGCCCAAGACGCGGAAGGUCCGUUGCCACUACGCGGCGGUGCUAUGGGGCGAAAGCCAACUUUCCGUAACAGUCCAUUGUCGUCGUCGGCAUAUAGAAAGCCGGUGCGACCCGUUAGUCCUUUGAGCGAUUAUGGCGACGAGGACUUUUUGUAA